GGAUAUUUUUUGCAGGAGCGGUCACUCCCUAAAUCCAGGCAAGAAAAGGGAGGAGUCUGAGCCGUGUCCCGCCCCUUCUCCAGUAAAUUUCUGCCGUUCCAGGUUUGGCGGCGGGAGUUCGAAGGUCCUGGAGAAGCUGCACACCCCUGGCUUUCCCCAUGGUUUCGGUGACCAGAGCCGUUUUUGGAGACCUGCCCUUGGGGGCAGGGACGGUGGAGAAGUUCCAGCUGCAGUCAGACCAGCUGAAAGUAGACAUCAUCUCCUGGGGCUGCACCAUCACGGCCCUGGAGGUUAAAGACAGGCAGGGCAGAGCCUCAGACUUGGUGCUCGGCUUUGCUGAGUUGGAAGGAUACCUCCAAAAGCAGCCCUACUUUGGAGCAGUGGUUGGCAGGGUGGCCAACCGAAUUGCCAAAGGAACAUUCACGUUGGACGGGAAGGAGUAUCAGCUGGCCAUUAACAAUGGGCCCAACAGCCUGCAUGGGGGAGUCAGAGGGUUUGAUAAGGUCCUGUGGACCCCUCAGGUGCUGUCAAAUGGAGUCGAGUUCUCACGGGUCAGUCCAGAUGGUGAGGAAGGCUACCCUGGAGAGUUAAAAGUCUGGGUGACAUACACACUGGAUGGCGGGGAGCUCGUGAUCAACUACCGAGCACAGGCCAGUCAGACCACUCCGGUCAAUCUGACCAACCAUUCUUACUUCAACCUGGCAGGCCAGGGUUCCCCGAAUAUAUACGACCAUGAAGUCACUAUAGAAGCUGAUGCUUUUUUGCCUGUGGAUGAAACCCUGAUUCCUAUAGCUGUGCCUCUGGGAGCACUCUUCACACUCUGUGGUUAUGAGCGGCUUAUGUGUCCUCUCCCUCCUUCAGACUGCAAGCGGCUUAAAAAGGCAGGUCAUGUCUCAUCUAUGUAUCAGCUCUGCCCAGCACAGUGCCUGGCAUACAGAGAAGUUGCUCCAGUGCAGGGAACUGCAUUUGACCUGAGGAAGCCAGUGGAGCUUGGAAAACACCUGCAGGAGUUCCACAUGAAUGGCUUUGACCACAAUUUCUGUCUGAAGGGAUCUAAAGAAAAGCGUUUUUGUGCACGGGUCCAUCAUGCUGGGAGCGGGCGGGUACUGGAAGUGUACACCACCCAGCCGGGGGUCCAGUUUUAUACGGGCAACUUCCUGGAUGGCACACUGAAGGGCAAGCGCGGAGCACUCUAUCCCAAACACUCUGGUUUCUGCCUUGAGACCCAGAACUGGCCUGAUGCAGUCAAUCAGCCCCACUUCCCUCCUGUGUUGCUGAAGCCUGGUGAGGAGUAUGACUACACCACUUGGUUCAAGUUUUCUGUGGCUUAAGGAAAUGUAAAGAUAUGACCUGCUCCAGGGCUAGGUUUGGGAGCCCCUUCAGCAGCCUGUCACCUAUGCAGAGAUGAAGAUUUAGAGGCUUUAAAAGUGAUCCUCUGAAUUAAAAUCAUACAAAUGGUAGCUGUCAUGAUAGUCAGUCUGAAUAGAUUUCCUUCCCAAAGACUGGCUCCAGGCCAUGUCCAAUGAUCAGCUCUAUUCUCUGUGCAGUGAAGAGGACCCAGCCAUCCAUGUCACCUAAGCCUUGACCGUAGCCCAGAAGUGGUAACUGAGCUCCUUGUGUUGGCUCCAUCUCUCCAUUCUGCCUCUUUCUUUUCUACUUUUCACCCUUUCUUUCUUUGAUCCUACUCUCAUUCCUUUUCUUUUUCCUCCUUCUCUACCUCACACCACCUUGCACUGUGCAGCACUUUGGAGUUUUCAGAGGUCACUUAGCUCAUUCAACCUGCUGGCAGAGGGACCUCUCUGCCCCGAUACAGCAACAGAUGAUGAAGUGAGCCAGCUGAGGCUUAGAGGGGUAAACGACCCACCUAGAGGCACAGAGCUAGGAAAAAUUUUAGCCAGGACUCGAGGUCAGGUCAUGUGAAUUCAGGUCCCCUUCUUUGCCUCCACUCAUCUUCCAGAGCAUUCCGAGCAUCACUGAUGGGCAAAGGGGGAUCUGACCCUUACUCUGUUAGAGCCAUCCUUUCUUCCCAGAUUCACUUUUAUAAGAAGCUUUAGUCUGCCUCUGAGCCUUCCAGAUGGUGUGACUUAAAGUGCAAGAUCAAAAUAUCCAGAAAGAAUCUGUAAAUUUGAUUCUCUGACUUUGCGGUUAACUGAGAAAGCCCAGCCCAGCCAAGGCAUGGGAAGGAAGCCAUUGGAGACAGGAGCUGUGUCAGUGUGAGGAGGGCCUUGACGGAGGAUUGCACAUUGCACUGAGAACAGAUGUUGUGUUAUGUAGAUGAGCCUGGGCUUCCCUCCUUUCCUGAAUAACUGAAUCAUCAGUGAUGGGUUUGGGUUGGUAGGUUUUAAAGAAAUGUAUCUUAUACUGUUAUACGCUAAUAAUCGGUUGAAAUAAAAUCAAAAUCCGCA